AUGUCCGUAGCUUGUCUAUUAGUGAUUACGUAUUCAGAUGCAAAAAUGAUGUUCUCCUCGCCGAUUCCGGCCACGGCGGCCAAUCUCAUUAAGACUAGCCAACUGCGCAGGAGAUAUUAUAGUGCACAAGUGUACGCGCAGACACAAGUGCACUCUCAAUUCCUGUCACUCUCACACUCCGGUGGGACGACUGCUCGACACGACCAG